AGGAACUAUCUCCGCUUACAAAAUUGUCCCUGAUGAAAUUGAUGAGAUCAAGCAGCCGGUGCCGAAUAUGGCGACAGACGGGAUGAUUUUAACAAACCACGACCACCAAAUCCGGGUCGGCGUCUUGACAGUAAGCGACAGCUGCUUUCACAAUCACACUGAGGACCGCAGCGGGAUCAACCUCAAAGAUCUCGUGCACGACCCUUCCUUGCUUGGAGGAACUAUCUCCGCUUACAAAAUUGUCCCUGAUGAAAUUGAUGAGAUCAAGGAGACUCUGAUUGACUGGUGUGAUGAGAAAGAGUUGAACCUGAUUUUGACCACCGGUGGCACUGGCUUCGCUCCUCGGGAUGUCACGCCUGAGGCCACUAAAGAGGUGAUCGAGCGGGAAGCUCCAGGGAUGUCUCUGGCCAUGCUGGUGGGCUCUCUGAAUGUCACUCCUCUGGGAAUGCUCUCCAGACCCGUGUGUGGUAUCCGAGGGAAAACUCUCAUCAUAAAUUUGCCGGGCAGUAAAAAAGGUUCACAGGAAUGCUUCCAGUUCAUCCUGCCCGCUCUCCCGCACGCCAUCGACCUGCUCCGAGAAGCUGUGGUCAAAAUGAAGGAGGUGCCAAACGAGCUGGAGGACCUGCCCUCGCCUCCACCUCCUCCGUCCCCGCUGCCCGCCAGCAGCCCACACCGGCAGACCGAGGACAAGGGUGUGCAGUGUGAGGACGAGGAGGAGGAGAAGAAGGACAGCGGUGUGGCCUCCACAGAGGACAGCUCCUCCUCGCACAUCACCGCCGCCUCCAUCGCUGCCAAGAUUCCCGACUCCAUCAUCUCACGGGGCGUCCAGGUUCUUCCCCGUGACACGGCGUCUCUGAGCACCACGCCGUCCGAGUCGCCACGCGCCCAGGCUACCUCUCGCCUCUCCACCGCUUCCUGUCCCACCCCCAAGGCGUCGCGGCGAGAGUUCAGAGCACACCUGGAUGAGGUCAUCACACUCAAGUCAAGGUACUCUACCUUGGACCAGCUCCAGUGUAGGUUGGAGGUGCUUAAAGAUGAUCGCCGUGGCCAUAGGACCUUCAGUUCUCGAGUGCAGUCACGAUGCAGCAGCAAAGAAAACAUCUUACGAGCAAGUCAUAGUGCGGUGUUCCCUCUCACCUCUGUGGAUAAAGCCUUCAUCACUGUGCUGGAGAUGACCGCAGUUCUGGGCACUGAGAUCAUUAACUACAGAGACGGCAUGGGUCGUGUUCUGGCUCAGGACGUUUAUGCCAAAGACAACCUGCCUCCGUUCCCUGCCUCCAUUAAAGACGGCUACGCUGUAAGAGCGGCUGAUGGUCCUGGUGACAGAUUUAUUAUCGGCGAGUCUCAGGCUGGAGAGCAGCCCACACACACCGUGAUGCCGGGUCAGGUGAUGCGGGUUACGACAGGCGCUCCUAUUCCAUGCGGGGCCGACGCUGUGGUUCAAGUAGAAGACACCGAACUCCUGCGAGAGUCUGAAGACGGCACAGAAGAGCUUGAGGUGCGGAUUCUGGUUCAGGCUCGUCCAGGUCAAGACAUCAGGCCCAUCGGUCACGACAUUAAGCGUGGUGAAUGCGUGCUGGCCAAAGGCACUCACAUGGGCCCGUCUGAGAUCGGCCUGCUGGCCACGGUGGGCGUCACAGAGGUGGAAGUGCAGAGGUUUCCAGUCGUGGCUGUGAUGUCUACAGGCAACGAGCUGCUGAACCCAGAGGACGAUUUACACCCCGGUAAGAUCAGAGACUCGAACCGCUCGACGCUGCUGGCCACCAUACAGGAGCACGGAUACCCCACCAUCAACCUGGGCAUCGUGGGAGACAACCCUGAUGACCUGCUGAACGCUCUGAAUGAGGGAAUCAGCCGCGCUGAUGUCAUCAUCACCUCAGGGGGCGUGUCCAUGGGGGAAAAGGAUUACCUGAAACAGGUACUUGAUAUCGACCUUCAUGCUCAGAUACACUUUGGACGUGUCUUCAUGAAACCAGGUCUCCCCACAACAUUUGCCACUGUUGAUAUGGACGGGUCUCGAAAACUUAUCUUUGCUCUGCCAGGUAAUCCUGUGUCAGCGGUCGUAACAUGUAACCUCUUCGUCAUUCCUGCCUUGAGGAAGAUGCAGGGAAUCUUAGACCCGCGACCCACCAUAAUAAAAGCCAGGUUGUCAUGUGAUGUGAAGCUGGAUCCCCGUCCGGAGUAUCACCGCUGUAUUUUGACAUGGCACCAUCAGGAACCUCUGCCAUGGGCACAGAGCACAGGGAACCAGGUUAGCAGCAGACUCAUGAGCAUGCGCAGCGCUAACGGACUCCUGAUGCUACCUCCCAAAACCGAGCAAUACGUGGAGCUGCACAAGGGCGAGGUGGUGGACGUCAUGGUCAUCGGCCGUCUAUGAUGUCACGGCAGCGGGCUGACGGACGGAGAGCGACGGGUGGUUCACGGUGCAUGUUCACAUAUCAUUGACUGUAAUAUGCAACGGCACAGCUAGUUUUUAUUGAUUUGGAUAACACUGAAGUAUAGUCAACAUCUUGAUCACAAAACUAGAUGCAUAUGAGAAAAAAAAAUAUUUCAAAGAAAGAAAAAUAUACUUUUAAAUUAUAAAAUCUAAU